GUGGAAAGUUAACAUUUCUGCCGGGCAGGAAGGAAGAAAUGAGCGCUGAAGCAGCCAGGGGAAUUCGGGCAGCCUGUUUGGACCCCGAGCUGGAUGAGCUGGGAGAAGUUGCACUGAGGAAAGACUGUUUUCACCCUGAAACUGAAACGCCAGAAGCGGAAUUCAGUUGUUGUUUGGAGGAGAAAAUGUGAGACAGACUGAAGUCAACUUCUGAUGUGAUUUUCACGCUCUGAACCACUUUAGGAUAAUUGCUGGGGUUAGAUGCAGACAAAAGCUACCUGUGUUCUUAAAAAUGAUGCCCCAAAUGGUUCUGCCUUAACAUUUCAACAAAAAAAAAAGAAAACUGGGUGUUUUGAAGUAGAGGAUGAAAGCGCCAACAGCACAGCCUUCUGUGGGACUUGGACGAAAAAUGGACUCAGUUGAGAACAAAGACAAAAAAGCUGACGUGGGAUUAAAACAACUUCAGGCGCCACCCGAGUUUUCCCUACAUUUGCUACACAUGAAAAUAGCUCUUCUUUCCAGCCUGCCUGUGGAGCUAUUACUCUUCUUGAUAUAUGAAGGGGUUGAGAGCACGUGGUCCCAGACCAGCCCUUUUUCUGUGUGAGAGCUGGAACUGCUCCCUGGUGCUGCUUCUGCCCCUGGGGAACCCAUUGCACCUUAGAGGCCCCCUCCAGCUUUACAUUUUAAAGUGUUUGUAAUGGCAGCUGCAUCUUCACCAGCUUCCUAGAGAACCAAGCAGUUGAAGCUGAUGGAUCACUUGCUACGUGAGCUGGAACUGUGAUCCCAGUUGCCUUGAGCUGGUUGAAGACUCAGGUUAACCCACCAUGCCUCGCUUGUUGCUUCAGUCAUACAGGUCACAGACGAUGGCAUUUCUUGAGGAAUUUGACCAUUACUCUUCCUUGGCCAAGCUCAUGUCAAUCUACCAAGCAACCAACAGGACCACCUUCAACUGGACAGACAGCCGUAUUGUUGAGUGGGAGAAAUUUGCCGAGCUGGCUAAAUACGAGCCGGAAUCCCAGAAACCAACAGUGAAAGCUCUCCUAAUUGUGGCCUACUCGGUCAUCAUCAUCAUGUCUCUCUUUGGGAACAUGCUGGUGUGCCACGUGGUGCUGAAGAACAAGAGGAUGCACUCAGCCACCAGCCUGUUCAUCGUCAACCUGGCGGUGUCGGACAUUAUGAUCACGCUGCUCAACACCCCGUUCACCCUGGUUCGGUUUGUGAACAGCACGUGGAUCUUUGGAAAGGCCAUGUGCCACAUCAGCCGCUUCGUGCAGUACUGCUCCCUCCACGUCUCCACGCUCACCCUGACGGCCAUCGCCCUGGACAGGCACCAGGUCAUCCUGAACCCGCUGAAGCAGAGGAUGUCACUAACAAAAGGAGCGCUGAGCAUCUCUGUUAUCUGGCUGAUGGCAACCUGUUUCUCCCUGCCCCAUGCCAUCUACCAAAAGCUUUUCCAGUAUAACUACAGGGAAGCCACUGUCAGGAGUUUGUGCCUCCCUGAUUUUCCUGAGCCUGCAGAGCUGGUCUGGAAGUAUCUGGACCUGUCUACAUUUCUCCUUCUUUACCUCCUGCCUCUGCUAAUCAUCACGGUCACCUACACGCGCCUGGCCAAGAAGCUGUGGCUCCGCAACGCCAUUGGAGACAUCACCACACAGCAGUACAUCACCCACCACAAGAACAAGAAGAAGAGCAUCAAGAUGCUGAUGCUGGUGGUGGUGGUCUUUGCUGUCUGCUGGUUCCCUCUCAACUGCUACGUGGUGCUCAUCUCCAGCCUAGGCAUCAAGACGAAGAACUCCCUCUAUUUUGCCCUGCACUGGUUCGCCAUGAGCAGCACCUGCUACAACCCUUUCAUCUACUGCUGGCUCAACGAGAGCUUCCGCUCGGAGCUCAAGUCCCUGCUCUGCAUGUGCCAGAAGGUGCCUCAGAUUCAGGACAACAUGCUGCCACCCGUAGUUACAUCCUGCCGCGAGGCAUGGAUGGAGCAGGCCAAGUACAGGAAGGGACCUGCCUCGCAGACCAUUUGCUCCACCAUAAACAUCCAGACGGCCAACACAGACCUGUGAGCCAAAGGGCUGAGUGAGAAGGAACAGGAGAGAGCGGAGGGGAUGUCCUCACUUCCAGGCCACUUGACUCCACUCGGCCACGUCCCUGCACCUCAGGUGUACAAUGCAACAUCUGCAUGAGGAGAAGAGCAGAGCACCACGAGCAGCAGCAGAAAGGAUGAAGCACUUCACUUGGAAACUAACAAUUAUUUGAAUAUGGGAAUUUAAGGCAGCCUGCUGCUGAGUGCAGGGACUGCCCUCUCUCUGUGUAAAGCAAGGUCUGGUUUCUGUUGAAAAACAUUGUUGUGAGUUUUUCAAAAUGUUAAAAGUGUCUCUAAUUAAUGAGCAUCACCUCAUUUAAUUAUUAAGAGAAGCUUACAUUUGCCUUUUCACUGUUCCUUACUCAUCAACUUUUAGUGAAUGGCCCUCAAACUGCCAUGUAUUCCACUUUAUUAAAAUGUUAUUUCUUCCCUGAGGAAA